AUGCCAAUCACCCAGGCACCUGAGAAGAGGCAAAGGAUAGAGGAAGGGUUUACACCUCUCCGAACUACCUUGGCUCGGCUUUUCCAAAAGAAUAAGAUAAAGUUCACAACCCCGCAGCCAAUGAAGCAACCCUUGGAACAGAGGGACAAAAACAAGUAUUGCGCUUAUCAUCGAGAUUAUGGGCAUUCAACCAAUGAUUGCAGAUCCCUUAGGCGACAAGUGGAGAACAUGAUAGCUAGAGGUGAGUUGGCAGAUCAUCUCACAACAAAGGAGUAUGUGAAGCCCCGCGAGGUCUACCCUCGCAAGGUAGAUGGUAAUCAAGUAAAAGUUAUUCAUGCAAUACAUGGUAGAUCUGAAGAUGAUCAAGAGUCUGAGGAGGUAUACAGAUCCAGAUUGAGGGCAGCCCAUAAGCUUAGAAAGUUAUCCUCGGUCAAUGCUAUCGCUUCGGGCAGCAUCAGUAUUGGAUUUGGCGAUAGCGACCUAUCCAAAGUUCAACUUCCCCACGAGGAUCCAUUAGUCAUCAGUCUCUUAGUGUCGAAUUACAUGAUUAAGAGGGUUUUGAUAGACCUAGGGAGUAAUGCCAACAUCAUCACAAAGGCGGUCUUUGAAUAG